GGUAAUCGGGACAAUGUAAGUUGGUGGUAGUGGUUGUCAGCUGUCAGUCGUUGUCGGGGUGAACCAGCUGCAUGUUGUCUCUUCUUUUCUCGAGAUGAGGUGAGCGUAGUGUAAUGGACGACCACUUGUAUACUACCAAGGGUCCCAGGCCCACUGUGCUUUGGCGUCCAGCUCAUGGAAGAAGCGUCGUCCCAACCCACAACUCCUACAUUUCCUUUGACCGUGUCGUCCGCACCGUCCAUCUCGCCGAGGCUUUGGAUGUCUGCGUGCGUCAGAGAAUGGAACCCAAGUUUAUCUACUCCCUUUGCAGUAUCAACAGGAAGAUCCUGAGACGUGAUCAUCCGUGUAAGAACCUGCAGGUUUUGUGGUUCGGUGGCAAACAUCCAGACUACGACGAAGAUGAGCCUGACUGGUACGGUAAUGUGGAGUUCGCCAUCCAUGUUGACUUUCUGUUAAAGAAAUGGAAUUAUUGCUUCCUGGUGGAUAUGAUGUCGGCUCCGACCCACUCGGUUACCAGACUGCUAAUCACCAACACCGACUAUUCAAGGGUGUUGCCUAAGUACGACCCAACUGAACCGGGAGGUCCCUGGCAUAUUACCCCCAAGAGCCAUGAACUACUGACUGACUGCCUGCGGUACAACAACAAGGGCAACAACAUUCACGGCCACACUCUGGAGUUCAUGAUCGAGGCCACCCCUUUCGGCCAGGAAAAACUGUUAGAGAACUGUGAAAUCUCAUUUAGGAAUCACUCUGAGGCCGAAGACAUGAGUCGGACACACGUUUGUCAUCGCUUCCGGAAUACUAAUGUUCCGUGUCCUUCCCCCGUCAAGAGCAGCAUGGCCUCCAGGAUCUUCUUCCAUGAACACGCGCGGCUCAGACAACACUCGCUCCUCGCCGCCCCUCGUCUCUCUCACAGCGCUGAGUACUUCCGCCGUUGUUACCUCACCAUGGACGGAGCCCCUUCUAUCCCUAGACGCAAUCUCGUGCCCAUGCCUGAUCCUCUUCUACACGGCACCCUCCCCAUGCACCCUCCAGGGUUUUAUAUGAACAAUCAGUUUUCAAAAUUUUUCUUGCAGUUUCCCGGCGGGCUCCUCUUAGGUCACCAAAUCUUUCAAAGGAGCUGCGCUGGGAUGGGGCCAGAGAGUAUGAGACAAAUGGUGGACAUGCGUUUUUAUCCCUGGGCCCACCUCCUUGAACAUCUGUGGAAACAGAGGUUACGAGGUGAAGAGGAAGCUGAAGGUGAAGACCCUGGAGGUCACCUCCAGUUAGCAGAAAGCCAGGAUCAACAAGAUCAGUCUGAUGUGGUCGGAACCAGAGGUCACUCUCAGUCUGGGAUGCUCCCCAACAAUUCGGGUCAUCCUGAAAUGUUCCAGCACAACCCUUGGUUGUUCCAGUCUUCUUGGAGUCCAGCUUACCCUGGAAUGCCGCCAAAUUUCGGGGAUCUCAGCCAGCCCACAAUGUUUCUCCACAGUUGGGGAUAAACCCACUGUACUGUACAGUUUGUUUGAAAUCUCCCUAGAUAAUUCUCUGACAAUUUAAGCAAGAAGUUUUAUUGAGGAUCAGUGUAGGAUAAUCUCAAGACAAGGCUGUGGAAGUAUGCAUGGAACGGUCGACCUUCAUCCAGCUGAUCAUGCUGUGGUCUGAUAAUAAUAAUAAUAAUAAUAAUAAUAAUAAUAAUAAUAAUAAUAAUAAUAAUAAUAACAAUAAUGAUUAUGAUGUUGAUGAUGUUGAGCAUCAUCAUAAUAGCAAUGGUGAUGAUGAUAAUUAGGCAAGGAGGAACUUGGUAAACACAUCGUGAGGUGAAUUCAGUGACUUUCUCCCACAAAUAGCGUAAUAAUGAAGGAACGCAACAGACUACUUCAGACAUGAUAAGUGGAAGAUAAAAUGAGACGAGGACAGCCGAGAAUCUACUUCACUGACGCCUUCCUAAAGUAACGUUAACAUCCACGACUUUUUAAUGUUAUAAACAAAAUAAUCAGUGGUAUUUGACUCUUGUUAAAUCAUCCCAGAAAUCAAAUCGUAUGUUUGUCAUAUAUUAAUAAACUUUUUGAUGUUGAUUUACGCGUCUUGUGAUCUUAAGAGUUUUAUAAGUACCAUAAGUCAAAUACUCUUUAUAUAAACAAGUACAUUUAUUCUUAACACACACACACACGUACACACACACACACACACACACACACACACACACACACACACACCUCC